CGAGGGUAAGCAGGGUUAGCCACGUGAGGCAUCCCAAGCGCGAACCAAAGUGUAUUCUGAUAGAUGCUUGGCUGCAUCGGUUACUCCCUCGGCUAUGGCUUUGUAUCGUCUCAUAUUCCAUUCAUCUGGAUCAAGCCUGGGGUCAAUUCUCCGACCCCGCAGCGCAGACCCCGCCAGUUCCUCAGAAUACUCUCUGCUUCGGACGGGAAUUGAGAAGAGUUGGUGCUUUCGCGUUGAACAAGAUAGCACUUCAAAAAUAGAAAUGUGGAUACCAAGCACAUGUUAGAAAGGGCCACGACGCAGACUAUGGCGGCAAGACUAUUGGGUUCUAUUGAAACCAGCCGCGUACAAGAGGGGCAAUUCCCCCAGAUUUUCAGCCCUUGGAAUUCAAUUUAAAUGCUACACUUCCGUGGCGAAGCUUUCCGAUGUUUCCCUUCACACCUAUAUCCAUUCCGCUAUAGUCGCCGCGCAGCCCUGGGUUACAACCACAGUCCCAGAUAUUGGGGAAUGCCAUAUCGUUGUUCGUGACCGGAAAAUUCCGAUUUCGCAUGUGGAAUCUCUGGCGCGGCACAGACAAGUCGGCUAUGUCAGGCGGCGUUCCGCAAGGUGCCUUGGGACUCUCUGUUAUAGUGCUACUAUACUCGUUCCUGUGCCUUUUUUUGGGCCUUUUGCUGUUCAUUGUUUGCUGGAGGCACGGCGCAAAAUCUACAUAUGUCUCACUGAUUGCUGUUACUGCAUCGGUGGCCUGUGUUGCGUCGAUCGCACAGCAAAUACAUUUUGCUACGGAUUGGGUAGGAAUUAAACAAGCGCAGUAUGCGGCGAAGGAAAGAAACCCGACAAAUCCGAUAUUGGUUGUGACAGGCUCCGCCCAGGGUGCGGACUUGGGCUUGUUCUGGAUCCAAUUCACGUCAUACAAUAUCAACUCUCUUUUGGUCCUAUUCUGGUCCGGCUCUUUAUUCCAGGGAACUUGGAAGCUGAAACCCCUCGUCAAGCUCCAGUCUCGAUCUACUCACCUCGAGACUGUAGCAAAGCUAUUUGCCAUCCUUUUCCCGGCACCGCUACUCGGUAUAGCUCACGCGCCGAGUAUCUCAAAAAAUGCCGCGCCAUAUUUGAUAUUAUGUAAUGCAUCGUUGGUCAUUAGCUUGUUAAUAGGUGGUGUUUUGCUUAUCCUAACGCUGUAUAAAUUUGUCACAUUAAAGAAUAAGUUUUCGUCAAUUAGAGGUUCUAGCGGGAAUAGCAGGCAAGAGACCCUGCGUUUGAGACGAAGAGAUAAGUGGAUCAUUAUCCGCUUCUCUAUUGCGUUUUCCAUUCUUGGUGUCUUCGAAAUCGCAAUAGUUUGUUUCGAAGUCCUCCAAUACAACGCCAACCAUGCAGCCAUACGCGCCACCCCAACCACCGCCGCCGAGCUCCCCGCAAUCCUGACUGAGAUCGCGCAGUUCGUGCCGGGUGUCACGCCACCCCUAAUUGCGUUUUUGAUAUGGGGCACGACAGAUACGUAUUGGCAAGAGCUAAAGAGCAUGUUCACUUGCUAUAUCAGCAGGAGGAAGAGUAGCCCGUCAGUGGUAUCGCGGAAGGACGCGAGCAGUUUGACCUUUGAGAGGCUGAGCAGUAAGAGCAACCUGAAGGUAUUUUCGCCAACUGAGUUGAAGGAUAUGAGAAACGUAGAUAGAAGCAGGGGUGAGCAAAGGUGUUAGACGUUGUGGUAAUAGAUCUGCCAUGGCUGGUUUGCCCUCCUGUUGCAACAACAAUCUAGGAGCCAACCUAAAUACUUAUAUGUAACAGCAAAGGAGAAUGCGAUUACUGUGUUAAGGCAUGGCCAGCAUGCAAUGUUGGUUGCCCUUGAUAGUACAUAUAUAUACGAUAUUAAAUGG